AUGGAAAGCCUGUGGAGGUGGAUCCCCAUCACAUUAUAAUAGAAGAUCCUGAUGGUUCCUGCACAUUGAUCUUGGACAACCUAACAGGUGUUGACUCAGGACAGUACAUGUGCUUUGCUUCCAGUCCUGCUGGUAAUGCCAGUACCUUAGGAAAGAUCCUUGUUCAAGUGCCACCACGGUUUGUGAACAAGGUUAGAAAUGCUUACCUUGUUGAAGGUGAAGAUGCUCAGUUUACCUGUACUAUCGAAGGAGCACCUAGGCCUCAAAUCAGAUGGUACAAAGACGGUGUACUGUUGAAGGACACAAGUAAAUAUCAGACUUUCAGUGAACCACGGAGUGGCAUAAUAGUGCUGGUGGUCAAGAACCUUUCCAAUGAAGAUAUGGGACACUAUGAAUGUGAGCUGGUGAACAGAUUAGGGUCUGCAAAAAGUGGAGCAGAACUUUACCAUCACAGUGCUGCAGCCCUGACUCAGGAGAGGAGAGGAGACCAAGCCAUUACCAUAGAAGGUAUGAUCCUUGACCAGCUCUGUCAUUCGCCUUCCCGCUCCCCAAGAGCAGAGCCAACUCCAGAGCCAGUUUACAUUUCAAAGAUCAGGCAGCCUGUCCACAGACACGAGCAGGAGGCAACACCAAAGUCUGCUGUUCCCGUGCUUUUUGUCACAGAACCAGAGGACAGGCAAGGAGCAGCAGCUAGAGAUGUCACAGAGACCAAAGUGGAAGAGAAAAAGCCCAAAUGGGUUGAAGUGGAAGAAAUAAUUGAAUUCAAGGUGAAAAAAUCACCAAAACCUGCAAAGAAAAGAGGCUCUUCCCCCGCAAAACAAGAAAAAGAUGACUCAGGGGUGCUAACAUUCACUUUUCCCAGCUCAAGACCUUGGCACUCCCCAGAAGAUGAUCCAAACACAAACAAUUCCAACAAUAAAUUGGUGGAACAGUCAAAAUCUUUGCCUAAUGACAGUCUCCCUGAGGCUAAUAUUCAGACCCUGGUGUAUGAGACUGAGCAGGAAGGACCUCAAGUUAGUGAUGAAGACAGAAGCUCCCCAUGUGGGUCCGAAGAACUAGGAAAUAAUUCAUUUAUGGACUGUGGAACUGAAGGAAAGAGCUUCCCAGAAGAAACAAGUGCUCACUAUGAGUCAGGCGUCGCUUCCCCGCUGCUUGCCUGCGGUGGUGAGCCUUUGAUCUUCAGCUUUGAGACAGCUGCUCCAAACCAGCAUGAACUUCUGUUCUCACUAGCGAGCCCAGAGGUUAAGGAAGAAGUAGAGGAAUUAGAUGUAUCUUGGCCUGUUGAAGAGGAGGUACCUGAAAUAAUCCAAGAUGUCCUUCCAGAAGACGAUAAUGUCAUUAUAGUUGAUGAACCAGAGGAACUACAGACAGAUGACAUUAGCACCCGGGACCGCAAAAUCUUAACCCACAAUGGCAAAGUAUUAACUUUGGAGGAUCUUGAAGAUUACGUUCCUGAAGAAGGUGAGACUUACGGGUGUGAAGAUCGGAACCAUACGGCAGAGAAACCCUGCGAGAUCUCUGUACUCCAGACAGAGAUUAACGAGCCAACAAUCGGGAAGCCAGUGCUGCUGAAUCUGGUGAGACCUGUGGUGUCCAAGCCCAGGCAAAGAUUUUUCAGCCAGUUUGAGGAGCACGUUCCUGGAGGCAUGUUCAUGUCAGCAUCUAGAGUAACUGGUGUGCAGUCUGUAGGCCCCUCAAACAUCUCUUUCCAUAGAGAAAAGCUGUUCUUCUUGUCUGUAGGAAUGACUUCCCCACAGUCAGAGAUGGAGACUUCUGUCCAGGCCUCGCUUCAGCGUGCUGAUAAGGAGAUCAAGACAGCCCUAAAGAAACUCGUGGACUCGGCAUCGCUGCUGGUGACUCUUCCCCCGGGCAUGCGAGGAGGAGCCGGUGGCCUUGGUCUUCCUGGGUCUGUUCCUUCAGACCACUCAGAAACAGCAGCCGGGCCCUCUGUGCUAGUUCAUGAAGCCAGUACCCAAACCCAGACUGCUGGAGGGCAUGACAAAGCACAAACGCAGAUUCCAGCUGAAGAACCGAGUGUGCCAAAGCCCAGCCCCGGUCCUUCCCAUGAAGAGACAGCUGCUGGAGAUGAAAGCACUCAGGAGCGCACCGUUCCUAUUACCAGAACAUCACCAGCCACGGGGGCAGGAGACUGGUACAGAAGAGAAGGAGAUGUGGUCUGGGAUGUACACAGUGAAGUUUAUAUUGAGACCACAGAAAGAACUUGUGUGUAUAAGACUGAGGAGAAAACCCCGACAAGUCCGCCCUAUAUGCAAGUGACAAUAGAGGAUGUGCAGGUGAAUUCUGGGGAGUGUGCCAAAUUUCAGGCAGUCAUUGAAGGAACCCCUCCGCCUACCGUUUUGUGGUUUAAGGGCACUUCGUUGCUGACAGACAGCAACAGGCUCCACCAAGGGAAGGAAGGAACAACGUAUUUCUUAGUGGUGGACAAUGCUGUCUCGGAAGAUGGUGGUGUUUAUACCUGUGUGGCCAAAAAUGCAGGAGGAGAGGUUUUGUGCAAAGCAGAGCUUAUUGUACACGAAGGUAAGAAAGACCAAGCAGCAAAGAAAGUGGCCACUAGGAGAAAGCUCCAUUCCCUUUAUGAGGUUAAGCAGGAGAUUGGAAGGGGGUGCUUCAGCUUUGUGAAACGAGUUGUACACAAAGGGAACAGAGUGUCUUGUGCUGCCAAAUUCAUACCUCUACGAAGCAAAACGAAGGCUCGAGCGCAUCAAGAGAGGGAUAUUCUUGCCUCUCUGUCCCACGACAGAAUUACCAGGCUCCUGGAUCAGUUUGAAACGCGGAAAACACUGAUUUUGAUUCUGGAGUUAUGCUCCAGCGAAGAGCUCCUUGACCGUUUAUUCAAGAAGAGUGUCGUCACUGAAGCAGAGGUCAAAUUGUAUAUCAAGCAAAUUUUGGAAGGAAUCAAAUAUCUUCAUGACAACAACAUCCUUCAUUUGGACAUCAAGCCGCUGAAUAUCCUCAUGGUUUAUCCUGAAAGGGAAGAUCUUAAGCUCUGUGACUUCGGAUUUGCUCAGAAGAUCACGCCCUUUGAGCCUCAGUUCAGCAAAUACGGGUCUCCGGAGUUUGUUGCCCCAGAAAUUGUUUCUCAGUCACCAGUGUCAAAAGCAACCGACAUCUGGUCUGUUGGAGUCAUCACGUAUUUAAGCCUAACAUGCAAGUCUCCAUUUGCUGGGGAGAACGACAGAGGAACCCUUCUAAAUAUCCAGAACGGGGAAAUUUCAUGGACCAUUCCUGAUUUUGUUCACCUGAGUGAAGACGCAAAGGACUUCAUGAAAGGGAUCCUACAGCAGCGCCCCACAGCCAGGCCUAGUGCUUUGGACUGUCUUUCCCACAAGUGGUUCACGCAUAAUCUCCCCCUUGAAGCAGCUCAUUUCAUUAAUACCAAGCAGCUCAAAUUCAUUGUGGCUCGGAGCAAGUGGCAGCGGUCUCUGAUGUGCUAUAAAUCCAUCCUGGUGAUGCGGUCUAUCCCAGAAAUCCUAGAAAGAACUCACGAUAACACCUCCCUGGCCAUCUCCCGGCAUCUCAUUGAAGAAAGCACUUCGUCCAGUACCAGCGGCUCCUCCUCAGACAACGAGAACUCACAUUUCCCCAAGAAGAGGCACUUUGGCUCCACACCCGAACUGCACUUGUCCCUGUUUGAUGUACCAACCCAUCAGGAGCCUCCAAAGCAUGCAAGUGAAGAGAAGCGCUCCAAAAUCUCAGUCACACCAGUAAAACCCAUGAGGAGGAAGUAUGCUUCCAUGAAAGCCGAGGUGCAGGACAAAUCACCUACAGAAAGCAAAGAGCUCAUGGCAAAGCAGUUCGAACUGGAAGAAGAAGAAGAAGGAAAAUCUGACGAUGGAGAUGAUCACAGGGAAAGUCUGCUUGGUUCCUUGACCAAAUCAGCUUCAUUUGACACUGCGAGGAAACCACCACAUCCUGCCAUUGCUGGCGCUAGCCGAAGCCGUUCCCUGGAUGACUAUAGGCUGAGAGCCUCAAGAUCAGUGAGGGAACAAGAUAUUUUGGAAGAAGACUGUGAUAUAUUGUCACAGGAGAGCUGCCCUGAAGGCAGCGACCACUGUGACAUUUCUGCAGGGCCUGGCAAGGGAUGUUCUGUAGACACUUCAAAGCAGCAGGACUUUAGGAGAGCCAGCAAGGAUUGUUCAGAAGAGCAGCACCCUCCUUCCACACAAUGUGAGGGUACUGUGUGCCCAGCUGGUUUUGUCCAACAGCUAGAGAGACUUCCAGUGUCACCUCAUAGGAGUGAGAAUAGGAAACACUUACUGAAGAAGUCAAAAGCUACUUACGCUGAGGAGGAAGCUGAAGAUUUGGAAGGCAAAAGCCCCAUUCUUACUGCCCAGUGUUCAGAUGCAACUGCAUCAUCAGCUCAAAAACAUGAAAGCAUGGAGGGUAUAUCUUCUCCUGACAGUGCCUCUGACACCGCUUUUCGUGAGGGCAAACAGUCCACUUCAACUCUCACACAGUCAGAGACCACCUCCCCGUCAGCCCCUACGAGUAAGGGAGGCGUGUAUCUGCCCCAGGAGUCUGCUCACAGUACCGACAUCCACCCAGAUCUAAAAAGUGGAAGCUUGCUUAUCAAAAGGACAGCCCCAGUCCCACCUUGGAAAGACAAAAGGCAGAAACAUUCACAUGAGAAGACUUCCACUCAUCAUGUGGCCAGAUCUGGUCUCAUGGAGCAUGAACACUCUGCUGUUUUAACUGGCCCACAAACAGAAACCGACUCACUUCCAGUUUGUAAAGAUAAAAGUCAGGAACUUCCUGGUCAAAGUGCUCCAGCAAAUACUGUCUUGGUGAGCAAACAGCCAGGUACCAUAACUGCUCUGCACACAGCCGAUGAAGGUGCUCAUCAGAAGCUGAAGACCUAUAAAGAGGUGAGACCUGUUGUCCUGGAGGAUGAAGGACCAGAUAUCACAGGAAUCACUCCACCGUCAGCCCAUGAUGGUGAAAGCCAAGUGCACAAGAGGGCUCCUGUUCACAGAGACACGGCAUCAUCCAUCCUGAAGGGAGAGCAACUCGCUAUUCCAAAAAUCCCACCACCAAAAUCACUGCUGACUUCAGUCUCCGAUGGAGCACGGCAGGCUGAAAGGGAACGGCCAGCUCGUAGCAAGGAGAGGCUUGCUGCUCUCAGGAGUGAAACCUCAGCUGUCACCGAGGGUGCUCCCAGGGAGGCUGAAAUCGAGGGAGCUGAACACCAGAAGGUUUCUGAAAGCAGUGGCAGGGUGCCUGCUCUUCUGGAGAGCAGACACCCGGCUGGAACUGCAUCCUCCCAAAAUACUGGCCUCCCUUCAGUCUGUGAGAGUGAAAAGCGAGAACAUCCAAAGGCAUCGCUUCACAGGGAGGUGAGACCUGUUGUGACAGCAAGUGGAAGCCAAGCAGCUGGACAGACAAGGCCUGCUCCUUUCCCCAAGGCUGGACGUCAGGUGUUUGAGCAGCACAGGGCUGCCUGUCCCAGUGGCGGAGUUUCUGCUGGUCUGGAGGGUGGGCCUCCAAGUGACUUAACUGCUUCACAACCAGGAGUUUCUCCAGCUUCAGUCUAUGAGCUAGAACAUGAGGAACAACCCAAGGUUUAUGGUGAGGGUAGAGGCGUUGCCUCAGAAAGCGGAAGCUGUGAAGCUGGAAAAACUGUCCCAUCGUUGGUUCGCAGGGAUCAAAGUCAGGAGCUCUCACACCACAGGUCUUCUUUUUACAGUGAUGAGGAGUCUGCUGUGCUGGAGGGCUUAGUGGAUGAGAUGGUUUCGCUUUCUGAAGAGAUGAAUGUUUGGGCAGAGUCAGUUUCUGGUGAGGAGGAAUACAGAAAGCACAUCUCUCCUCCCACAGAGAUGUUCCAUGAAGGUCCAGGUAGCCAAGCACCCACGGACACCUCCUUCCCUUCUGUACAAGGGGGUAAAAGAGGAGAAGUCUCUGAGCUGGAUGACCUUGCAGAACCCUAUCUUGUAGUGAGUGAGGAGUCAGUGGUACUGGAAGGGCAGGGAGCCCUGACAGUUCCUCAUGAAUGUGAGCAUCUGGAGGACUUAGCGUUUGAGAGCCCCACUUCUAGCCAAGUGAGUGUUUCCUCAACAGAUAGUUUGGACACUGGAAAAAGACCCAGCCAAGUGUCAGUGAGCAAGGACACUGGUAAACACCCAGAAGUUUCUUUAGUGAAAAUCAAAGACCUGUCGGACGAAACACCCAGUCUCAGCAGUGGAACUCCAAAAUUUGACAUAUCAGAGGUAGAGCCUGCCUAUUUGAAUUUCUCUGACUUGUAUGACAUUGUCUAUUUUCCAUUUGAAUUUAUGAACUAUAGGAAGCCUCCGCCCAAACCAACUGGUAGACGGUUUAUACCUUUUGGCGAAAGGGCAAGGUCACCUCCUGCAGGACAUUUGCAUAAGGAAAAACGACUGUGCAUCAGAGAAGAGGCAGAGGACAGGAACAGGAAGAACCAUUUGGGAAUAUCUGAGGGUUCAAAGGCAACUAACUUAUUGAAAGAGUCAGAGAGUCAUAAAAAAAUGUAUGGCCUCCAAAAGGACUCAAGUGGUAAGCAGAAAAGCUCCUUCUACAACAAGCCAGGACUCUUUAAGCCAUAUGCAAGGUCUCAUUCAGUGGAGCAGUCAGUGGAACAGAGUCUGAAGAAGAAAGUAAAAGCUUCUGUUGCCCACAUUUCAAGAAUCCUAAAAGGAAAGAUGUCUCCUGAGCCAGAGGCAGAGGAAGAGUUUGGUGAGCUGGGAAGUGAGGCAGUAGAAAAAGAGCUGUUAACAGGAGCUGAAGGAUCUCUGAAGAGGAAAUCAGCACUCUCGUCAUUCAAGCUACCAAGCCUCACGCCAAAGGAGAAAGCACCUUUGUUCGUUGAGGAGCUCAUCGAUCAGGCUGCUGCCGUCGGGCAGUGCGUGACACUGUCGUGCCGGACGGCGGCUCACUCCUCCCUACACAUCGACUGGUUCAGAGAUGGCAUACCUGUCCACAGCAGCAGCAGGAUCCUCAUCUCAGCUACGCUCAAAAACUUCCAGCUUUUAACCAUUCUUUCUGUUAGUGCUGAUGAUUUCGGCAUUUACACCUGUGUGGCCACAAACUCCCUGGGCUCAGCGUCCACCUCCUGCAUCAUAAGAAAAGCAG